CGGCCCCUUCACUCGCUCAAUCCACAUCAGCACACCCACCGUGACAUCGAGCUGGGCUCUCAUUCCCUGUCGUUUGCACUGCAUUCGUACUACUAAUAAAACAACAAUUCCCCAUUCGUUUGGACGAGCAACGCCACCGCCUCACCUGGACUUGCGAGCCUGCUGUUGGUAAUCUGUCAUCUGGCGUGUGUGAGUCUACAUCACCCUGACCAGUGCCUGGCGAUCGAUUGCCCCCAGAGAGAGAGAUAGAGAGAGAGAGAGGGAGCAAUCCGGCCAUGGACAUCGACAGACAUAUGCGAGACGCUGCUUCGCCUGCCCGAAGUGCCGCUUCGCCACGACGUGUUCAUGCUUCUGGUGGCCCGCGAUCACCGCGGAAGUCACCACUCACAUCUCACUUCACGGCCAGUCAGCACCACGUCAAUUCGUCGGCAGAGGAUGUGUCAACGACGAGUGAUUCGGGCAACGAAGAGCGCGAUUAUCAGACCGACUUCACGACACCAGAGUCGUCGGAUGCGUGCCUGGACGACAUGCAACCCGACGAUGUCGAGGACUUCAGAGAUCGCGAAUAUCCUCAACUCAAGGGCAAGACUUAUUUGGAUCAUGGAGGAACCACUCUUUACGCCAAGUCUUUGAUAGAGGACUUCUCUGCGGACCUGAUUGCCAAUCUCUAUGGCAAUCCUCACUCAGCAUCGACUCCCUCCGCCAUUGCCGGUCACCGGGUCGAUACUAUACGGGAGCGCACUCUUCGAUUCUUCAAUGCUGAUCCCGAGGAGUUUGAUCUCGUAUUCGUGUCCAAUGCUACGGCCGCCAUCAAGCUCGUGAUUGAUUGCUUCAGGGACCACGCUGCUGCAAGCAACACACCAGUCUGGUAUGGGUAUCACAGAGAUGCGCAUACGUCACUGGUCGGCGUACGAGAAUCGACCAAGAUGCACCGCUGUUUCACGAGCGACGAGGAAGUGGACAUUUGGAUCAACAGCGGUGGGCUGGGUGGCCCGCGGGCUCGACAGCUCGGCCUCUUCGCAUAUCCCGGACAGUCCAACAUGACGGGGCGACGACUUCCACUGAGCUGGCCGGGCCGUAUACGGAAAUCUUUCCACAAAGCUGUCACGUAUACGCUGUUAGAUGCAGCUGCGCUUGCGACCACCUCACCUCUCGACCUCGCUGACCCUGCUACGGCGCCUGAUUUUGUCGCACUAUCGUUUUACAAGAUCUUCGGAUUUCCCAACAUCGGCGCGUUGAUCGUACGAAAGGACUCGGCGCAUGUGCUCGAAAAUCGGCGAUUCUUUGGUGGUGGCACCGUUGAAAUGGUAGUGUCGAUCAACGACACAUGGCACGCCAAGAAAGACACCUCGAUCCACGACCGUCUCGAAGAUGGCACUCUCCCUUUCCACUCCAUUUUUGCACUGGACCACGCUAUGAAUGUACACCAGCGGCUCUAUGGACCUAACCCGAUGAAAUUCAUCUCUCAUCAUACUGCACAACUGGGCAAACGUUUGUACGACGGCUUAUCACAAAUGAGACAUACGAAUGGCCUGCCCGUGUGUCGCAUUUACAAGGACGACAAUGCCAUCUAUGGCGAUCCCAGUGUGCAGGGAGCGACGGUGGCAUUCAAUGUGCAACGUGCGGACGGGAGCUUGGUGGGGUUCGAGGACGUGGAGGAGGCGGCUGACGAGCGGAAUAUCUUUGUCCGCAGUGGCUCCCUCUGCAAUCCCGGUGGCGUCGCGACGUACCUCAACUGGGCACCAGCAGAGAUGAAAGCUGCUUUUGCGGCAGGCCACCGGUGCUCCAAUCCCACGCAAGUGAUGUUGGGCAAGCCGACCGGAGUGGUUCGGGUCAGUCUGGGUGCUAUGAGCACCGCAUCCGAUGUGAAUAUCCUCCUCCGGUUUCUGGAAGAGGUCUAUGUUGCUGCCAGAGGUGACGAGCGGGCCAAUACGGCGGCCGCUGCAGGUUCUGUGCCGACCGCGGAGUCAGGGCAGCAGCCUCCCAAACUCAGCAUACCCCAGAACGUGGGCGUGCCCACCACGCCCAGCACCGCCGCGAGCAGUACUGGCAGUGAAGUCGGCUGGGAUGCGGCUGAUGCCAUCAUGCCACAGGCACAAAGCACCGAUCGCCCUCGAGCGCCGCCCUUUAUUCCCGCCGACUACGUGAAGCUACGGAAACCGUGGGAGGAGGAAAUGCGCAAGCAGCAGAACCCCAAUUUCUCCGCCAUGGAGAUCAAAGUGCGAGAGCUGGAAGACGCCAGCAUGUUCUCGCGCAAUGCCACGUCGAGCGUGAAAGCUCGCAAGUUUGGUCGAAGUGUGGUCAACCUGCUGCGCACGAAAAGCCAUGCUCCCGACCUACGGCAACACGAAGCACAAGAAACCCACGCCCGUUGAUGAAGCGUAGGCACAUGAUGGGACUUGUUUUUCCUGCCCAGACCAAUCCCUUUCCUUGUUCUUCUUGUUCUUGUUGUUAUUGUUGUUAUUGUUGUUGUUGUUCUCUUUGUUCUCCUUCUGGCAGCAGCGGCAUGGCGUUGAAGGCGAAGUAUGAUGGACAUUACCCUUAGUAUUAUUGUUUACGAGAUACCGACCGCAGUUCUAGCACUCAUGUUCACAUGUGGAGGAGGGGGAACCACAUCAAAAAGAGGGUGCGCAUUUGGAAAGGGCGAGGCGCAAGAUCAGUUGUAGCAUUUGUGUACAUGAUCAGUAAUCAAAAGAAUCCAUGCCAGCAC